AUGCGUUAUACGUUCCCUGCUUCCCGUGACACGCCCGAUCCCAUGGAUACUCUACAGUUCAAGUCAGUCAAGAUCACAUCAAUCAAGGAGUGCUUACACUGGCCACUGCAAGUAUUUGGUAUCAUUACUGCACGAUCCAUAUCUUGCAUUGACCGCCCCAGUCGAGCUAUUGCGGUGUCAAUAGACCCUUCAUACAUUGAGGUUUCCCUCAAAGUCAAGGGCACUACAAAAGCUGAGGAUAAAGAUCUGAGUGAUCUUGCUGUGACUUACAGAAGUGGGUAUUGCCUAACUGGUGUUUACCCUAGCAGGCUCAGCACGCUGAAACUUGAAUUCAGCCACGUUAGUUUCUCUGUGGAGGCCACAAUCUGUAUAAAACUCAUUGGUGGGUCAUGGCCAAUUGGUUUCCAAAGUGUAUUCACUGCUGGCACCUCUACUGAUGAUGUCCCCGUCAAAUUACUUGAUUCCGAACAUGACGGGUUGCCUGUCGAUGCCAAUGGUGUGACCAAGCUCUCGCGUCGCGUGGUUUCUGUUGGACUUGAGAAGUUUCUGAAGGUUCAUCUCAUGGCAAUUUCGAUUAAUGGGAGACAAGUUGUUGAGAGUAGCGAGGCAACUUUUAAGCCUGAGAGGGCUGGCAUUAGCCUAAGCAAUCUUAGUCUUGGCUUCUGUAGUAUGGAAGUUGCCGUUGCUUGGUCAUGUUUCUGUGAUGAGUGACUUGUUCUUAUAACUAGUGGACCCGUUGCGCCAAAUGGCGCAGAGGCACGCUAAAGCCAUGCCCGCGAUGAAAAUAUUUGCAUUUGUUAUUAGCUUCAGGUUUGAGUAAGCACAAAUGGCAUGAAUUGUGACCCUCUUUAUACUUAGCAUGCACAAUUUGUUGUGUUAUUUGGGUAACAUGGAAGCGAUAGUUUUUUAUAUUUUAAUCAUCAGUUGUGUGGCAUUUAGGCCCAUCUUUUAAUUUAGUCCUAGUUUUUCUUCAGAGGGGCACAAACAAUAUAAGCAAUAAGGGUCAUUAAGAGCAUCAUUAUUAUUCAAAAUGAUAGCAACUCUAUACAACCUGGUAUUUAAUUAUUUUCUUUCUCUCAAGCCCUAAUUCUGAACACAGCCCAAU